AUUACAUUUUAUACACAGCUCUAGGCUUCUAGGUUUGUGGGCAGUAAUUAAAAACCAAUACGGGAACUCCGAACUCGCUUGACGUUGGCCGGGUUGGUUCUUUGGUUUCCACUUCCAGAACCGUUUGAAAGUUGAAACGUGAAACAACAAUUGUCAGCCUCUGUCUCCGUCAUGGCCUUGAGAAUGGUGACUAGAAAGUUCAGAAGCAAACUGUUGCCCAUGUUCUCUUCUUCUCUACUGCAUUCGCAUGCCACCAGUUUUGGAUUUAAAGAAGUACAUGAAGAAGAAAAAAGUCGCAUGGUUGGUAAUGUCUUCAGCAAUGUUGCUUCAAACUAUGAUCUCAUGAAUGACUUGAUGAGUGCUGGAUUACACAGAUUAUGGAAGGAUAGGCUGGUUUCCAAACUGAAUCCAUUUCCUGGAAUGAAGCAUCUGGAUGUGGCUGGUGGGACAGGGGAUGUAGCUUUCCGGAUCCUGGAAAUCAUAAACAGUGUCAAACAUAGAGCAAUGCAAGAUGUUCUUGAAGAUAAUUUGCAUGAAGAAACUCGGAUAUUUGUAUGUGACAUCAACCCUAACAUGCUAAAUGUUGGUAAAAAGCGGGCCUUGGAGAGAGGUUUUGGGGAAGAAAAAUCCCUGAUAUGGGUGGAGGGCGACGCAGAAGCCUUAACUUUUGAAGAUAAUUCAAUGGAUGGUUACACAAUUGCAUUUGGGAUUAGAAAUGUUACACAUAUAGAGAAAGUUCUUGCUGAAGCCUAUAGGGUGCUAAAACGAGGAGGAAGAUUCCUUUGCCUUGAACUGAGCCAUGUGGAAGUUCCCAUUUUUAAGGAAUUCUAUGAUUAUUAUUCAUUCUCCAUCAUUCCAGCCAUAGGAGAGCUUGUUGCAGGUGAUCGCGAUUCAUAUCAAUACUUAGUUGAGAGUAUUCGCCGUUUUCCCCCUCAGGAGACAUUUGCUUCAAUGAUUGCUGAUGCAGGAUUUCAGAAAGUUGAGUACGAAAAUCUUGUAGGAGGAGUGGUUUCCAUCCAUUCAGGGUUGAAGCUUUGACUGUAUUAUCCCUCUGAUUUCAUAUAUUUCAUUGACCCAUACAUGCUGUAUGCCUUGCAAAAUGUUUGGCAUUUAAAGUUUUGUGCGUUAUGCUAAUUGAAAUCUUGCAUAAAGUUUGUUAAUUUAUGAAAUAAAAAAGGGACAGAUGGAUUAUCGAAAA